UGUAACGAUAAAUGCUAUCCUGGGUACAGCAGGAAAAAGAAGGAGGGGAUGAAAUUUUGUUGCUACGAUUGUUAUCCGUGCCCAGAGGAAAUGAUCUCAACACAGGAAGAUUUGGAUUACUGUACCAGAUGCCCCGAAGAUCACUUCCCUAAUAAUCGUAGAGAUCACUGCAUCCCCAAGAUCCAAAGUUUUCUUUCUUUUGAAGAUACUUUGGGCCUUACUCUGACUUCUCUGGCUCUUCUCUCUGCCCUGAUCACAGCUCUGGUGCUUGCAGUCUUUAUUAAGCAGCGGGACACUCCCAUCGUCAAAGCCAACAAUCGGAGCCUCACCUACCUUCUCCUUGCCUCUCUCCUCCUUUGCUUCCUCUGCGCUUUGCUAUUCAUCGGACGACCCAAUAAAACUACCUGCCUCCUCAGACAAACAGCUUUUGGUGUCAUCUUUUCGAUUGCUGUCUCUUCCGUGUUGGCUAAGACUAUUACAGUGGUUGUGGCUUUCAUGGCCUCCAAGCCAGGAAACGUUUUCCGGAAAUGGGUGGGGAAAAGAUUGGCACAUUCUGUCGUAUUGUGUUGCUCCCUCGUCCAAGUCGCCGUUUGUGCUCUUUGGUUGGGUUCUUCUCCCCCAUUCCCAGAUGUGGACAGUCACUCAGUGUACGGAGAAACCAUAAUUGAAUGUAAUGAAGGGUCCGUCACCAUGUUCUACUGUGUCCUGGGCUAUAUGGGCUUUCUAGCCACUGUCAGCUUCACGGUGGCUUUCCUUGCUAGGAAGUUGCCAGACAGUUUCAACGAAGCCAAGUUCAUCACCUUCAGCAUGUUGGUCUUCUGCAGUGUGUGGCUGUCCUUUGUUCCAACUUACCUCAGCACCAAGGGGAAAUUCAUGGUGGCUGUGGAGGUCUUCUCCAUCCUGUCAUCUGGCUCAGGUUUACUGAGCUGCAUCUUUACUCCUAAAUGCUACAUUAUUAUUUUUAGACCUGAUCUGAACAAAAAGGAGCAGUUAAUGAGGAGGAAAUUUUAA